CCUUAUUUCACUUCGACGCUUUUUCUUUCUCCUUCUCCUUACGUUACGCCAAUGUAUCCUCACCGUUUCCCUGGCGGCGGCCGCCGUCCACCAGGGCAACCUCCUCCACCUUCAAAUUUCCAAAACCCUAACUUCUCCUACCAACCCCACAACUUCCAUCCCCCUAACACUUCCCGCCCUUACCAACAAUUCCGUAACCCUCCUCCGCCGCAAAACCCUCCCGCAUACAACUAUCGUCCGCAAAACCCUCCUCCUCCUCCGCCUCCCGGUUCCACUUCUCAGCCACAAAACCCACCUCCCUCCGCUCCUCAGUCUCAAAACCCUCCCACAUACACCUAUCGUCCGCAAAACCCUCCUCCUCCUCCGCCUCCCGGUUCCACUUCUCAGCCCCAAAACCAACCUCCCUCCGCUCCUCAGUCUCAAAACCAGCCUGUCUCUACUCCUCGGCAGCAAAAUCCCAAACAGGCUAUUGAUAAGGUUGACAAAGCUUCUUCCAAAGCCUGCCGUGACCUUAUUGCUUCUGGAGAGACUAUUUCUGCAUGGAAAGUGUCUCAAAAAGCUCUCUUGACACUUCAAGUUGAUUCUUUGAACUCUUUGGGUAUCAAAAUUCAACAGGUUCCCACACUAAACCGUCUUAUGAUCACUGAAGGAAAGGUGAAUGCUUUUAUCCAUUGCUUUGUUGGGGUUAGAAGGAUUACUUCUUUGUAUGAUUUGGAACUGGCUAUAUGCAUAAAUGAAGGUGUUGAUAGCUUUGAAGAGCUUGGGUUGGGGCCUUUUUUGCGCCACCCUUUAGUUAUUCAUUAUUUUUCGGUUCGUUCCAAUGUGACUGAAGUAUUUAAGAUAACUAGUGAGGAGAUAGUUCGGUUUUUGAUCGAGAUUUUAGACGUAUCUAAAGCAGUUGUUGGGGUUGAAGAGUUUCUGGAGUUUAUUGCCAAGAAACGGUCGGUUGGACGCAAAGAAAUUCUUGGGAUUCGAAUUCAGAACUUGGGAAUGCACAUAACUGCCAUAAAGGAAGCUAGAAAAUCAGAGCAAUCUACACUAGAGAAAUGCCUGAAGACAUUAAGAUCGAAAAGUGACGAGUUUAGAAAGCGUCCUAUUUCUUCUUCCCAGAAAAAGCAGUUAGAUGACCGUUUUAGCACCAUUGCUCAGCGUGUUGAGUCAUUUUCUUCUGCUGAAAAGUUAUUUUGUGGCAAGCAUAUUCGAUUUGCGUCUUCAAGCUCAGAAGAUGAAGGUAGUGAUUAUUCUACAGAUAAUGAUCAGAAUGAUAACAUUAUUAUGAAUUGGUCAAACUCAUCAUCACAAUUUGGCAAAAGUUCAGAACGAGUGAGUAGCUGUCCCUACCCAUCUGCAACAGAAGAGAUGGCACGCCUUGUGGUGAAGGGUGAUAAGCAGGGAGACUCCCUUUCUAAUAGCAGCCUUAGAAGUGGAUUUACUGAGCCCCCUAGAAAAAAAAGAAAAUCUGAAAAUGUUACUUCUACAAAAUCUCUACCGUCAAAAAAAAACUUUAAGUAUAAAAAGGUUGAUCCAGUCCCAAUCAUAACCAAGGUGUCAUCUGACAUGGACAAAUAUCUUUCAAUUACUGAUGAUUCUUUGCAAAUGUUUGUCACAACCUGGAAGGAAGCAUGUUCGGAGCACGGAGUCUCUGAGGUUUUGGAGAGGAUGUUUCAAUUCUAUGGAGUAAAAAUAAAAUCCCGGGGAAAGAAGAGAGUCCAAAAGUUGUUUGAAUCAUAUCCCUUGAUUGGGUUACUAAAUGCUGCUGUUUCAGCCAUCAAAUCUGGAAUGUGGAAUAGCAUCUAUGAUACCGUCCAAGUCUUCAACCAUAGUGAAUUAACUAACUCACCGACCAAGAGUUCUGAAUAUGAGACCAUAGAUGUUGGACCCAGCCUGGAAAAUGUAGCACUGGUAACAAAAGAUAGUGCAGAGAAUACAAAAUGUAUUUCUGCUGAAGAUGUUGUCAGAAAAAUUGGAAUGUAUUUUGACCUUGAUAAUGAAGUAUAUAGAAAUAGUGACUCUGAGGUGAAAUAUAAAAUUAUGUUUUUGAAAAAGUUUUGCAACUGUGAAAGUUGGUUGGCUGAGCAGUUUGGCGUGAAGAACUUCAAUUCUCUUGGUCAUGGGGAUCUCUUAUCAUUCCUUGAGAAUAAUGUUCUCCAAUUGCCCCGUGAGCUUCUCAAAAUAUUAGGUGGUGACAUGUGCGAAAAUUCCUCUUUCAAGGCCUGUAUGUCCUCAAAUGAGUUGGUUGCUCUACUAUCUCAGGCUCUUAGUAGUUUGUGGGAGAAUGAAACAGUAACCAAGCAGAUUAUUUCCAUGCUGCUUAUGAGGCAGUUUCCUUCAAUUUGUUUUGAAUUUGUGGAAAGUGGGUCUGUUGAGGAUCUGAUGGCUACUGUUCGAGAGCAUAAAUCUAAUGUGACUUCAAAAUGUGUUGUAUUUUCUGCAACCAUGAUUGAAGAGAACUGUCACGUAGAUUCUUUAAGUGAUGGAGAUAACAAUUCUGGAAACACCACUGAUAGGUCAGAAGUGGGCCACAGAACACGAAGCUCUGAAACUAUUACAGCUAAAAAGGCAAUUGAAAUAUUACUUAAGUCACCAAUGUUGUCUGACUUGAGCAAGUGGUCUCAUUGGGAUCUUAUGUUUGCACCCUCCCUUGGAUCGCUUAUAUCAUGGUUGCUGAAUGACGUAAAUACAGAAGAAUUGUUGUGUUUGGUUACCAGAGAUGGAAAGGUGAUACGAAUCGAUCAUUCUGCGACCUUGAAAUCUUUCCUCGAGGCUGCAGUUCAAGGAUCCUCUUUCCGAACUGCAGUGAAUUUACUAUCUUUGAUCUCACUAUUUGGGGGGAAAAGAAAAGUUCCACUGUCACUUCUAAAACGCGACGCCUGUAGUGCAUUUGAAGUCAUGUUUAGAAACUUUGUGGAAGAUAUUGAAGUUAGUGAUCAUAAAAAUGUUCUCCUGUCUGAGGAAGCUUUAUGUAAAACAAAAAUAUUAACUGAAGUUUCAACUUCUAAAAUGAGUGGUGAGUUUGGCAAACACUACCAUAAAUUGAAUAAGGUAGCAUCAAUUCUUUCAAGGUUUGUCCUUGAUUGUCUUGGUUAUCUACCUGCUGAAUUUCAUAGUUUUGCUGCUGAUGUGUUGCUCUCUGGCAUGCGAUCUGUUUUCAAGGAUGCUGCUGCAGCUAUUUUAUGUGAAUGCAGCAACAUGGAGCAGCAUCUCAUGCUUCAUGAAAUAGGACUGUCUCUGGGUAUUACUGAGUGGAUUAAUGAUUAUCAUGCAUUUAUUUCAAACGACACUUCUGACCAGUUUGGUGCCCGUGUUUCAUGCUUAAAAGAUGCUAAAACUGAAAUAAGCAUAGGACUGAAGCAUGACCAAGGUAUCAUGGAUAAGUCUCUUGUGCCUGAAGUGAAUAUGGUUACAUCACUUGCACCGUGUACUGAAAUUAGUCAAACGGUUGAUGGAGAAAAAACUAUUGAUGAAUCCAUGACUAGCUGCCUGGAAGAUUCAUUUCAAAGUGGCAAAGAUAUUGAUUCUUCUCUGGUCAUUGAAUCUAUUAGGCGAGAUGAAUUUGGCCUAGAUCCCAGUCUUUCUGAUAUUGACAGUUGCAUGUUGAAGAAGCAACAUGCUAGGUUAGGGAGAGCAUUGCAUUGUCUUUCACAAGAGCUAUAUUCUCAAGAUUCACAUUUUAUCCUUGAAUUGGUUCAAAAUGCAGACGAUAAUAAUUAUCCAGAUAAUGUGGAGCCAACUCUUGCUUUCAUUCUUCAAGAUUCUGGUAUUGCUAUAUUGAAUAAUGAGCGAGGAUUCUCUGCUCAAAAUAUUAGAGCACUUUGUGAUGUUGGAAAUUCAACAAAGAAAGGUUCCAGCGCUGGAUACAUUGGAAAGAAAGGCAUUGGCUUCAAGUCUGUGUUUCGAGUCACAGAUGCUCCAGAGAUUCACUCCAAUGGUUUUCAUGUUAAAUUUGAUAUUAGUGAAGGCCAGAUUGGUUUUGUUUUGCCCACAUUAAUUCCUCCGUGUGAUAUUGGGCUGCUCAGGAGGAUGGCAUUUACUGGUACUGAUUCAUAUGUUGAUAAUCCCUGGAACACAUGCAUUCUGCUUCCUUUCAGAUCUCAUCUGUCAGACGGAGCUGUCAUGAAUAAUAUUAUGACUCUGUUUUCAGAUCUUCAUCCUUCUUUGUUACUAUUCCUUCACCGCCUUAAGUGUAUCAAGUUGAGAAACUUGCUUAAUGAUACAUUUAUUGUUAUGAAAAAAGAAAUUUCAGAAGAUGGUAUCAUCAAGGUUUCUCAUGGGAAAGAGAGAAUGACAUGGUUUGUAGUAUCUCAGAAGUUGCAGACAAAUUCCAUCCGCUUUGACGUGCAAACAACUGAAAUAUCUAUGGCGUUUACACUGCAGGAAUCAGAUGAUGGUUACAGUCCAUGUUUAAACCAGCAGCCAGUUUUUGCUUUCCUUCCUUUAAGAACAUAUGGCCUCAAAUUUAUUCUUCAAGGAGAUUUUGUUCUUCCCUCCUCCAGAGAGGAAGUUGAUGGAGAUAGCCCAUGGAACCAAUGGCUGUUGUCGGAGUAUCCUAAUUUGUUUGUCAGAGCAGUGAAAGAGUUUUGUGAGCUUCCCUGUUUUAGGAGUGAGCCUGGAAAGGGAUUAUCUGCUUUCAUGAGCUUCAUUCCUUUAGUUGGGGAAGUGCAUGGUUUUUUCUCCACUCUCCCUCGUUUGAUUAUUUCUAAAUUACGCAUGAUGAAUUGCUUACUUGUGGAGGGCGACAACAAUGGAUGGGCCCCUCCCUGCAAGGUAUUGAGAGGUUGGACUGAGCAGGUGCGUUGUCUUCUUCCUGAUAACGUACUUCUUGAGCACCUAGGGCUCCGAUACUUGGAUAAAAAUGUAAUAUUGUCUGAUACGCUAGCGCGGGCACUAGGCAUUGAGGAGUUUGGGCCUUCAGUACUUGUUCGAGUGAUGUCAUCUUUAUUUUGCACAAAGAAUUGGCUGAUAUCAAUGAAUAUGAGUUGGUUAGCAUCUUGUCUAAGUACACUAUAUGUGUUGAUGUUUGAUUCAUCUGGCACAAUGUCGAUCAAUAUAGAAAUAAAAGAUGAUAUUCUAAAACGCCUUAAAAAAACACCGUUCAUUCCACUUUCAGAUGGUACAUACAGUUCAGUGGAUGAAGGAACUAUAUGGUUGCAGUCCAAUACUUUUAACACAGGAUUUGAUGGUGAGCAUAAAAUUGAAGCUUUCCCCAAUAUAUGUGGUAAACUGCGGACUGUAAGUCCUUCCCUUCUUUCUUCAGCUUCCGGUACUUCAAGCUUGAAUGUAACUUCUUUGGACAAUGUUACUCGGUUACUUGAAACUAUUGGUGUUCAACAGUUGUCUGCACAUGAUGUUGUGAAGUUGCAUAUUUUACCCAUGUUAUCCGAUCAGACAAUGGCAAGCAAGAACAAAAUGUUGAUGAUAGAAUAUAUAUGUUUUCUAAUGCUGCACUUGAAAUCUACUUGUUCUGAUUGUUUCAUUGAAAGGGAGCAUAUAAUCUCAGAGCUGCGCUGUAAAUCUUUAUUGCUGACAGAUUGUGGUUUUAAAUGUCCUGCUGAGGUACCAAUUCAUUUCUGCACUGGAUUUGGGAAUCCUGUCACUGCAAAAAGGUUGGCUGAUGUUGUGAAUAUGAGGUGGCAUGAAGUCGACAUAAGCUAUCUAAAGCACCCAGCAAAUGAGUCAGUUUCAUCACCACUAAUCAAGUGGAGGGAGUUUUUUGAAGAAAUUGGCAUCACUGAUUUUGCUCAAUUAGUGCAGGUGGAUAAGAGUGUUGUUGACAUAUGUGAUGCCACUUUUAAGCAGGUGAUGUGGGAUAGGGGUCUAAUUUCUGCUGAAUCAAUUGUCAAAGAUUGGGAAUCCCCAGAAAUAGUACAAUUAGUAUCAUUAUUGUCUAAAAGUGGUGAUCAAGAAAAUUGUGAGUACCUCUUGGAGGCUCUUGAUACAUUAUGGGAUGCUUGCUAUAGUGAUAAAACUAGAGGUUACUUCUACUCUAAAUCUGUUGAAGAUGGCCAUCCCUUUAAGUCUACUUUUAUAUCAAACUUAUGUGAUAUCCGAUGGGUGGUAUCAACCAUGGAUGAUGAGCUACACUAUCCUAAAGAUUUAUUUCAUGAUUGUGAAGCUGUCCGACUGAUCCUUGGAACUUUUGCGCCAUAUGCUGUUCCAAAGGUGAAAAGUGAAAGAUUGGUAAAUGAUAUUGGGUUAAAGACUAGAGUUACUCUUGGUGACAUUUUGGAUAUUAUUAAAGCCUGGAGAAAAUCAUCAAGGACUUCUUUCAAGGCCAGCAUAAGCCAAAUGUCCCAAUUUUACACAUUCAUUUGGAAGGAAAUGGCAGUUUCAAAACAGAAAACCGUGGAAGAUUUGAUGUCCGGACCUUUUAUAUUUGUCCCUAACUCAUCUGUCUAUAGUCAUGAUGAAGAUGUUCGUGGGACGUUGCUGCAUCCCAAUGAAGUGUAUUGGCAUGAUCCGACUGGCUCUGUUCAGAAGAUGGAGAAGUUCAAUCCUCAAUGCAGCUCAUCUCAUUCCCCAGUUAACAAGUCAUUGUGCAAUAUUUACCCUGGCCUUCGUGGUUUCUUUGUUAAUGAGUGUGAGGUCCAAGAGGCACCUCCUCUACGCAGCUAUAUUCAAAUUUUGCUGCAGUUAUCAACCGUCACUUUGCCUUCACAAGCUGCAGAUAAAAUUUUCCAAGUUUUCCUCAUGUGGGCAGAUGGACUAAAAUCUGGUUUGUUGAGUGUUGAAGAUGUCAUGUAUUUGAAAGAUUGUCUUUCCAAACUAGAAUUUCCUGUGCUUCCCACUGUGCAAGAUAAGUGGGUUUCAUUGCAUCCUUCAUUUGGUCUUGUCUGCUGGUGUGAUGAUAAAAAGUUGAGAGAAGAAUUUAAGCAUUCAAAUAACCUUGAUUUUCUUUAUUUUGGUGAAGUAACUGAGGUUAAUAAAGAAAUGGUGCUAAAAAAAUUUUCCUUCCUUAUGAAAAAAUUAGGUAUUCCAGCUAUCUCAGAGGUGGUGACUCGUGAGGCAAUACCUUAUGGUCUUUUUGAUUGUAGCUCGAAAGAAUCAUUGAUCAAUAUGACUCUUCCAUAUGCUCAGCGCUACAUUUAUAAACGUCAUAAUGAUAAAUAUAUUAAACUCAAGCAGUCCGGUUUCGGUAUUUUGAAUAAUCUUAAAGUCAUUGUUGUUGAGAAGCUGUUCUACAAGAAUGUAAUAAAGGACUGUCACAGUGUAUCAAAGGAACGAGUUGAAUGUAGCUGUCUUCUACAGGGAGACAAUUUGUACAUUAUUCGAGAAGCAGACCCUCAUUCCUUGUUUAUGGAGCUUUCGAGUUUGUUACUUGAUGGGAUUGAUGAGGAUUGUGAAAUUCAUCACUUGGCAAAUUUCCUUUAUGGGAUAACAAACAUGGCAGAAUCUGAAUCCCUUGAGAAUAUGUUGAAUAACCAAAAGGUGCCAAAACUUCCUGAUGAAGAACCUGUUUGGGCACUAUCUACUGUGUCUUCGCCUGUAGAGGAUGAAAUAUCACUCCCUUCAGACUAUGUUCCGUCAUCAAAUGAACAGAUAUUGCAUUUGUCAAAAAGGAAGGCUGGAAGAAACUCAAACUGGCCACCUGCUGGUUGGAAAAAUGCACCAGAUUUCGGUUAUCCCCCUGACAAUGGUUUCAAGACCAAACCUGCCCAGAUUAGUAGCUUCUAUGAAGUGAAAGUUGAUGAUAAUUCUGAAGGCAUUAGUUAUGAACAGGGAUCAGUUGACUGGAAUGUCACCGAUGAUCGACAAGAAAACUUUAAAAAUCAACCAUACCAUGAUUUUGAGACGACUCACCAUAUCGAAUUUGAUCAUGUUAGUUUGGGUGAGGAUAUGGACGAAUCUCGAACCGAAGCUCAAUUUAGUUCGCCAGCUUGCUCCAACUCGAGUUCGGCAGUUUUUAACAUGACAGACCGACUUCAAGAUGGUGGUACAUUUGAUGCAGCAAAAUUAAAGAAAACUGGCGAUUUAGGCGAGAAAAUUGCAUACAAAUACUUUGCUGAUAAAUAUGGCAAGGCUUCUGUUAAGUGGGUUAAUAAAGGUGGAGAAAAAGGAGAUCCAUAUGAUUUAACCAUCGGAGAGGAUGCCAAUAAAGUGUAUAUAGAAGUUAAAGCAACCAGGUCUCCAAGAAAAGACUGGUUCCACAUCUCAAUGAAUGAGUGGCAGUGUGCAAUUGAGAAAGGCAAAUCUUAUAGAAUUGCAUUUGUUGUAAUUACAGGAGAGGACAGUGGGCACAUUGCUGAAUUCGAAGAUCCAGCAAAGUUAUGUCGGCAAGGUGGGCUACAACUGGUUAUUAUGAUGCCAAAACAACAGAGGCAGUUACCUGUUGCCUCAUAGCUUCACCGCUUGUUGUGAAUUUUGUGAAUUUAUUUGCAUGUGCUAAUAAUCUUUGAAGUAAACCUAACAACCUUGGUCUGGCUGGGCAAAUAUUGUGGGAAUAUUAAGGAAUACUUUUUAUACAGGUCUCCAAUAUUUUUGGUAGAGGUUCCUGUCAGUGUCACCUAUUUGAUAUUUUGUCUCGAGGAAGGAUUAUGGCUGCCACCAUGUUAAGAUCCAUAAUUCUGGUUGAUGUUUUAUAAAUUUGUAUAAAUUUUGCAGGUAACAUAGUAGGGUUCCAAUUUGAUAUAUAUAGCAAACAUUAGGAGAAAUGCAAAACUGCAUGCAUUCCAAUAUCAAAUGUAUUAUUCAUUGUCCUACUUUGGAAUUUUGGUUUUUAUUUAUAGUAAUGCAUUUCUUUUUAUCUUAGUAAAUUCA